CGAGGCCAGCCUGGUGCCAGGGCUUCUGCGCGGUCCCUGAGUCGACCCUCCGGCGCCCUGGGCGAGCCGUCUUUCCGCUUGCGUGCUUCCCCUCGCUCAUUCCCCUGCCGCCGGGAGCCCCCUACUCGGGCAUGGUGGGGAGGGAUUCCGCGCUAGCCCACCCGUCUUGGAGGUCCCUGGCAUUUGGAAGACAUUAGCACCAUGAGCUUCGUGGCAUAUGAGGAGUUGAUCAAGGAGGGCGACACAGUCAUCUUGUCACUGGGCCAUGGCUCGAUGGUGGCAGUGCGUGUGCAGCGCGGGGCACAGACUCAAACCCGGCAUGGUGUCCUGCGACACUCAGUAGACCUCAUUGGUCGCAGGUUUGGCUCUAAGGUCAUCUGCAGCAGAGGUGGCUGGGUGUACGUACUGCACCCCACACCUGAGCUCUGGACACUGAACCUGCCCCACCGCACACAGAUCCUGUACUCCACCGACAUCGCUCUGCUCACCAUGAUGCUGGAGCUGCGGCCUGGCUCUGUGGUCUGUGAGUCUGGCACCGGCAGUGGUUCUGUGUCCCAUGCCAUCAUUCGCAGUAUUGCCCCCACGGGCCACCUGCACACAGUGGAGUUCCACCAGCAACGGGCAGAAAAGGCCCGGGAAGAGUUCCAGGAGCAUCGUGUGGGCCAGUGGGUGACCGUGCGCACCCAGGAUGUGUGCCGCAGUGGCUUCGGUGUGAACCACGUGGCUGACGCUGUCUUCCUAGACAUCCCAUCACCCUGGGAGGCUGUGGGUCAUGCCUGGGAUGCCCUCAAGGUUGAAGGUGGACGCUUCUGCUCCUUCUCUCCAUGCAUUGAGCAGGUGCAGCGCACGUGCCAGGCACUGGCAGCCCAGGGCUUCACAGAGCUGAGCACCCUGGAGGUGCUGCCCCAGGUCUACAACGUGCGCACCGUUAGCCUGCCCCUGCCUGACCUGGGGGCUAGUACGGGUCCUGACGGCAGCCCCUUUCGCAGCGGCACACCCAUGAAAGAGACUGUGGGCCACACUGGCUACCUGACAUUCGCCACCAAGACCCCAGGCUAGUGUGCCUUGGUAGAGGUAUAUGAGGCUGGCAGGGCGGCCGGAGGCUGCCUUCUCUGGUCAGCGGCUCAUGUUUAGACCUGGGCUACAGGGCUGGAACCUGUUGCCUCCUUGGAGUGGGGGAGCUGGUGAGGAGGGUGGCACUGAUGGGGAUGCGUUCUUCAUCUUCCAGGGAGAAAGUCUCUACCCUGUCACUGCCUGGCUCAAGCUCUGUCCUGGCUGUUGUCUGUUACCAACAUGAAGUCUGCACUGCCACAGUCUCUCUGGGUAUCACUGCCAGUGUUAUAGGUUGGAGUAGAACAGCUUGGGGCACUGCCAACCCCUUCCCAGGCUACAGCCCCUGGUAUGCUGUUACCUGGCUUAGACAGCAUCCUGCGGAGAGGAAGUCCAGUAGGACAGGCCCAUGUCAGAGCCAGGGUCCCUUCCCUCAGCCUGUGAAAAUCCAAAGCACUAUGGGCAUUCUUGCUCCCCAUGAGUCCUAGGGUAGUGGGACAGUGGUACAUCUCAGGUGUUCCUUAUGGAAAACACCUUUUUUACUACCUCUUAGACAGGGAAACAUUCCCCAAGGGAGAAGGUGAUUCCUGGGCUGGGGCCCUACAUUGCCCUGGGCUUGGUGUCCAGCCUUAGUGUAUGGCCAGUUUCAAGGGAGGCCUAGUGUGCAGGCCAUGUUGAUGUGGGGCCACCCCUGGGAGUGUGUACCCAUGCUGUGCUGGUGCACAAGGGUGUUUGGUGGUGCAAUAAAUGUUUUGCCCCGC